CUUUGAAUUUGGGUAUAGAUGAAAUAGUCAAUAGGCUCGCUCGGUAGUUGCACUCUGCAGACGCGUUCGUCUAGUACGUUUAAUAUCGUUCGCUUAUUAAUGAAUUUUUCUUUCGUUUAUUGUUUUUGUUAUUUGCUAGUUAAUGGGAGUUUUCAAUGCAUGAAUAAUAAAUUCGUAUCGAACCGGCCAUUUUUAAUAUGACAGGGACACGGAAUUAAAAAAUUCAUCUCCGCCAAAAAAUGGAAUUAACUCGUGAACAUUUGCGUGCGAUCAUUUUUCACAACUUUCGACGUGGAUUAUCACGACAAGAGUGCAUCGAUGAACUAAAAUCUUUGUAUGGCUAUGAAGCACCAUUCUAUAGCACUGUGAAAAACUGUUACAACGAAUUCAAUCGUGGCCGACGCUCGCUCAAAGACGAAUUCCGUGAAGGUCGUCCAAAAACAGCCGUUGUGCCAGAAAACAUCGAUGCCGUACGUGAACUGAUAAUGCAAGACCGUCAUGUAACAUACCUUCAGAUAGAGGCAUGCCUAUGCAUUUCUCCCACCAGCAUACAUUCGAUAUUGCAUGAACACCUGACCGUAAAAAAGGUUUGCUCUCGUUGGAUCCCGGCCAAUUUGACAAUCGCUCAAAAAAGGCUCGUGUGGAUUGGUGUAAAGAAAUGCUGAAAAAAUACGAUCGCGGUGCUUCAAAAGACGUUUAUAAGAUCGUCACAGGUGACGAAUCAUGGAUCUAUGCGUAUGAACCCGAAACAAAACAGCAAUCGACCGUAUGGGUCUUCCAAGACGAGCCAAAUCCAACAAAAAAAACAAACAUUUUCGUUGAUAAAUAUGCCUACUUUCAUUAUUAGGCCAGAAAUAUAUAUAGCAGCCCUCGUAUAGGACAUGAAAUCAAAUAUAAUAGCCGUGUUUUAUUCGACCAUCAUAAGCUAAUAGCUAAAUUAUGGACAAAUAAAACGCAUUUAGCUUAUUUCAUAUUUUCGCUUAAAAACGAAGUGUGUUGACAAUGCGGGCGGGAAUAGUCAGCUGAUAUUCAAUCUGUUUCAAACUGUCUGAUGUGGAGAAAAGCUCAGGAACCUAAAUGGAGUUUGGAGCGACGUGAGUCGUCGGGUCACUUGGUUUGGCGGAAGGAGUCUCCCAGUUCUAAAGUACGUUUUCGUUUUGAUGUUGAAGUAUUGGAAUUUGAGAAACAUCCCCAUGAAGAUAUUGAAUACAAAAAAGGCGGCUAUUCUGCUAGUAAUAUUACUUCAACUAUAGCACUCUGUGCUACAUGUGUUGCGGCGGUGGCUAUUAGUGUUUUUUUACCAUGGUAUCUUAUGGAUAAAGCGCUAUCAAGGGGUUCAUAGUUUUAUUCUUUUAUGGUGCAUUUGAAUUUUAUACACAUAUUUAAUCCUAUAUUUUCACAUCAAUAUUGUUCUAUACCGAGGGAACGAAAAUGUAUACACGUUGACCAUUUUAAGCGAAGUUAUACUUAUCGAAUCUCUUUAUGUGAAGAGAAACCCGCUCUGUAUAAGUAUAACUAACAAUUUCAAUUAAAAAUUUCGAACAUAUAAUAAAACUUACCAGUUAGAAUAAAUUUAAUGACUCGCAAAUUUAUAUAUAAGAAUUUACGCUUAAAUAUUUAUAUGUCAAACAUUAUAAUUAGUAUUGUACAAAGAUAAGUGCCUUAAAAUUAUGUAAAAAAAUAUUAAAAAAAAAACAUUAUUAGAAUUUAUAUUAAUUUUAAAACUAGUGAGAUUAAUCUGUGAUCUUAAAAGCAUCGCCCAAUAUCAAUAUUCACCGAUGCUGUAAACUUAUUAAA